GAGAGCAGCUGCUGCUGAAGACAGCCGGAAUUUGAACAGUAGAAGAAGAAGACCACGUGAGAAAGAAAAGCAGCAUGUCUCCACCGGGAGGGAAGAUAAACAGACCCAAAACUGAGCUCGGGAGGAAUCUGUUCAAGCGGCGGCGAGUUUUGAGCAGAGAGAAGAGGAAGAGACAUCUGAUCACGGGAGCGGUGGUCGAUCAGGGUCUCAUCACCGUCCAUCACCUGAAGAAGAGAAGCUCGAGCGCGCGGGCGAACAUCACUCUGUCGGGGAAGAAGAGGAGGAAGCUGAUCAAACAGCUGCAGCACAUGCAGCAGGAGAAGGCCGGGAUGGACGUUGAAGCUCUACCUGCAGCAGCAGCACCACAGAAGAAGAAACAGGAAACAUCGUCUGCUCCAUCCACAACAAAGAAAAACAAGAAGAAGAAGAAGGCGGGGACAGCUGGAGCGCAGGCGGACGUAGAGAUGGAAGAGAUGGAGUGACGAGACGACGGCUUAAAACAGAGGACUCAGAUUCAUGUUUGAACUGAAAAAUGAAAAUAUCGAACGACCGGUUUCUCUGAAGUUUGAUCAGAGGGACGUCUGUCCAGAGUCGGUUCAUUA